AUGAAUGCCACGGCCGAUAAACCAAAGCUCCAACGAUGCGAGCGACGCUCAAGCACCAGCAGUGAUAGCAGCAAUAGCAGCAGUGACAGCGAGAAGGGCAACAACAACAACGACGACGACGGCGACGCACACUCCCACACACGCAUCAGACGCAGCAAGAUCGACACCAGCGACAUCAGCGAAUCAAAUCUAAAACGCAGCAAAGUCGUCAACAGCACGCUAACCACCGUGCGAAGCGCAAAAUGGACCAAAAUCAAGAGCUCUGCCGUCACCAACGUCAACAGCAUGAAAGUAUGUGAGAUGAAAUCUGCGCAUGUCGAAGAUGUGGAUUCACUCAGACGAGCGGUUGUCGAACGGUCUAUUGUGGUUGAUUGUAUCAAGAUUAAACGUGGAAAGAUCCGGGAUAGCACCGUAAGACGUGUGGUGCUUGGUCGGUCGACGUUGGAUAACUGUGAGGCUGUUGACUCUGUUAUUUAUGGGUCAAAGUUUACUGGUAUGAUGCUUGUGAAUGGCAUAUGGAAGAAUGGCUCCUUGGUUGGAAAAGUGGAUGAGACCAAGGAGGUGAUUUUUCGACCUCUGGACAAGGCUCAUUUCUAUCAGGCCGUGGGAAUUUCAGAGCUCAAGUCUGGCACUGAGAAAUUUUACCAAACCCCUAUAAACGCUAAAGAUAAGAGUGUUACCAAAGCAGAUGGGGCCAAGGACUGGGAGGCUGGUUAUAUCGAGCCACUGCCGCGCUAUGAGUCGAGAUGGCUAAUGCGAUAA